AUGACCACGACAUCUGCUGGCAAUCAGCUUCCAGAUCCGCCCUCGUCCUCGCCAUAUCACCUGCUCACCAAGACGCCCUCGACCACCACCACCACCACUACUGCUCCCACUCCCGCUCCCAUCCCCGCCGGUUCCCUGUCGCGAGCGAGUCGACGGUCCAUUGCCUUGGUUGCCAUUGAGAAAACCUCCAACGCGAUCGCGAAUCUCGCCUCGCGAGGAACCACUGUUCCAGCGUCUUCGCUGCGUACCAGCACCUCCUCGGCGAGCCUGUCCAAGCAGUCCAAGCCCGCCUCCUCCCGCUUCGCCGGCGACGAGACGACCCCUCUCGCCAACGAGGAGUCCUUUCAGACAAACUACCGCGCCAGCACGACGCUCUCUCGCCGAAACACCGUGCGACUGCUGCCUCGCGACCCUACUGCUUCAGUCCUGCUCGACACCGAUAGUUCCAGCAAGAUGCAUCAGACGUCGUCGAGGCUGCUCCGCAUGACGGAGGAUGACCGUCCCUUCACAAAGGACUUCAACGAUCUGUUCUCGACGUUGAUGGUUAGUUUGAAGCUGGACACCCACCGCGUGCGUUUCACAAAGUUCGAACACACUUUUACUUCGGACGAGGCGAUCAACAAUCUCGGCUCUCUCAAGUUUUCCCAAUCCAACCGGAUGCCCGAUCCCAAAGACCCCUCCCGCAUUGUGACGACAACCACCACAACCACCUUUUCCAUGGCCAAGGAGAUGGCCCGCUCAGUCUGCCAGCGGUUUGUCGACGCUCGCUUCAUCGAGCCCAUUGACAGCCGGAGCGUUGGAUUUUUCCCAAUGAAGGGCGGCCUGUACCAAUUGACGCCCAAGGGAAUCAAUAUUUUGCACCGCUUCUGCCAAAGAAACGGCAUUACUGCUCGCCAUGUCAUGGACGUCAUGGAUUCUCCGCGAAAUACCAUGCAGCUGGUGAACCUGGAACGAGAUACCGAUACCGACAAGCUCUCAACAGACCGUUCCACCAUCGAAGUCAUUUUCCGUCGCUUUGCAGGCCAAGAUGGACCCAACCUGAAAUCUUCUAUUUCCAGUUCCGACUCGGAUUCGUUGAGUGAGUACUCGAAUGGUCUAGUGGGAGUGAAGAUGGCCAAGGAGCGCAAAAUUCUCGAUAAGAUCCACACAAACACAUUUACCGGCAAGGCUGCCACCGACUGGCUGAUGGACUGCUCGACGACAAACGACCGCCGGGAAACACGUCUGAUUGCCGCCUUGUUCAUCAAGCAUGGAAUGAUUACCGCUGUCCAGGAGGAUCGCCAGUUUGCCCAGCAGGACCCGAGUGCUGUGGAUUUCCAGCCUACCAAGUACGCCAUCUACACAGUCACUGAGCAUGGCCAACGGGUCUGCGGGUGGAUCGCCCGUGACCGGAGCGCCGUGUCACAAUAUGACAAUCGGGGUGCACGAGACUCCAACAAUGCGCGCCUCAACCAUAUCCUGCACGACGCUGCCCUGCGGCUGUUGUUUCGCGAAUUCCUGCGCUACUCAUUGUGCGAGGAAAACCUGUCCUUCUACGUUGAUGUCUCCGAGUUUACAGCGAACUACCACCGACUGGAAAAGGCCGGUGCAUUUAACAAGAUGGAUACCGUUCGAGAAACCCUGGCUGCCGCCUACGGACUUUACAAUGCUUUCCUGGCACCGGGAUCCCCCUGCGAGCUCAACAUCGAGCAUGGUCUGCGUAACAGUCUUGCCAGUCGCAUGACAAAGGCCGUUGGCAACGACGAGUCCAUGCUCAAAAGUCUUCAGGAAGUCGUCAAUCUGUUUGAAUUGGCCCAGACUUCGGUUUUCAAAUUGAUGUCUAGUGACUCGGUUCCCAAGUUUGUUCGUGAUCCCAAAUACUCCAUUGUCUUGCAGGAGCAUGACUUUGAUCUGGGAUCGAAUGGUCGUGCGUACUCUCCCACGCCCGCUCCGGUUCCCGAACGUUCGCUAAGCCGUUCAGUGAGGACGUGA